ACCCAGACGCAUACGUAUCUAUUUUACAUGUGUGUAAAUGUACCGUAUUACAUGUGUGUAUGUACGGUGAAACCACUUGAUGGUGGCGGGUACCCCUCUCUCUCUCUCACUAAUUAACUUUAACAUUCACCAUUCCUCCUUCGGUGUGGAUUUAUCACCAGCUGCUACUUAGAGAGGGAAUUAGUGUUACAGAUCGAACAGAAAGGUCGAUUGAACUUGCUGUGUCGGCUGUGAAGGAGCAAAUAAAUAUAUAAAAACAUAAUUAAAAGAGAAAAUAUAAUUAAAAGAACACAAACAGGAAAUAUAUAUCUCAUCUUUACGAAGAUAUUCUCGUCGGUCAAAUAUUUGAACCGAAUAAAAACAAAAUACAGGUUCUCAGCCUAAUCACUUUCACUUUGCAACAAACAGUAAUGUAAACAAACUGAUAUUUGGAUUUACAUACACCUUGGAUUACCUCUUUUCAAAAGAACUCAGAUUUGACUACCAAUGAGUUUGUAAACCAAACUUUAAUAAAUCAAGUGUGAGAGAGCAGCAGUAGUGGUGGCCACAUCAACAGCUCACCAUGGCAGCUUUAAACAAAGAACUUUAUGGUUUUCUGAUUGAUGCUGAACUUGAACACUAUUACAGUGCUCUGAAGAAUGAGCUGAAAAUAUCCAGUCUGGCCCACUUAAAAUAUGUCCGAGACGAAGAUCUUAUCAAUGUCGGCAUGACAAAGCCUGAAAUGCGUAGAUUUAAGAAAUAUUACAAGAAAGAAAUACCUCAAGGAACUAUCGGAAAGAUUAAGAAGUUCAUUUCUGGGAACUUGAGCUCUGGAAUAUCCAAUACCAUGACGGCCAUUUUGCGGGCCAGUGAUGCUUCCAUGGGCCGUUCUCUGAGCCCUUCUCCUCCUGAACAGCGGAUGCCCCGCCCAGUGUCAUAUAUUCGACCACUUGGAAAACAAAUAAUACCGCCAGAAUCUAUUUCCUGUAAUAAAACACUGGGAGAAGGGGAAUUUGGGAUUGUUCAGCAAGGAAUAUGGACCACAGAGAACAAUGACAAGGUGCAAGUUGCCAUAAAGUGUUUGAGCCGGGAUCGUAUGCAAAAUGGAGUGGCAGAAUUUCUGAAGGAGGCUAACAUUAUGCAAACUAUCGACCAUGAGAACAUCGUGCGAAUGUUUGGAGUAGUCUUGGACAAAGAAAGCUCUCUCAUGUUGGUAACAGAAUUAGCACCAAUGCGUUCAUUACUCGAAUGUCUCAAAGAACCUUCUCUACGUUUGGAUUUUCCUGUUUUGCGACUUUGUGACUUUUCCCAGCAAAUCUGUGAUGGAAUGGCAUAUUUAGAAAGCAAACGUCUCAUUCACAGAGAUUUAGCAGCGCGCAACAUUUUGGUGUUUAGCAAGAACAAGGUAAAGAUCAGUGACUUUGGAUUGUCUCGAGCUCUUGGAGUAGGCAAAGACUAUUACCAGAGUAAUUUUACCAUCAAUCUAAAACUUCCAAUUGCUUGGUGUGCUCCGGAGUGUAUCAAUUAUUUGAAGUUUACAUCUGCGAGUGAUGUUUGGUCAUAUGGAGUUACUCUUUGGGAAAUGUUCACAUAUGGAUUCCAGCCUUGGGCUGGAAUGACUGGACAACAGAUCCUUGAAGCUGUUGAUCAGCCAAAUUGUCAGCGCUUAGAUCGACCUGAUCUUUGCCCCAGAGAGUACUUUGACCUAAUGAAGUCGUGUUGGGAAGAUGACCCAAAGGAUAGGCCUACAUUCAGUGAAAUAUUUUUGAAACAGCCAAAGAUGCGCCCAUCUCUGGCAAAAGCAGUUGCUGAUUCUCCAGAAACCUCUGCUGGUGAUGAAUAUUUAGUUUUUAAGGCUUACGACACCAUUGUUAUUUUAGAUAAGAAUCCAGAAAAUGCCCCUUCAAAGUUCUGGAAAGGAGCAUUGGAUACAGGCAAAUGUGGGCUCUUUGAUGCUACAAAGACAGUUGCGUUCAUUGAACCCAAGACCAGCCCCAUUGAGUUACCAAGAACUUCUCUAUCAAGAAAGGAAUCCAGUCGGAGAUCAGGCAGGAAACUUCGUGCUGACAUGAUCAGUGGACCAAAGGACGAUCUUCGACACACAGGUCAUAUUGGUUAUGAUGGAGCAGUUUUUGGUGACAUACCUUUCAUUGGGGAUGGUAAGCUUCCAGUAAAAGUAUCAAGCCCAGGUAAAUUAACUGAAGAAAGUCGUGGUGCAUCGAUAUCGUUACCGAGAUUUGCAGGAGAAAGUCCGGCUCAUGAUCGCAUCAUUAGGAACAGUCAGUCUGAUAUAUCCCUGAAUCAAGAUGGCUCUCGACCAGGAACCAAUGGCUACGGCAACACAUGGUCUAGUCGGGAUUCUCUUGAGAGUAGUUCCACCAUUCGAACUGAAGGUUCUGGUGGAGGUUAUCAGGAUAUUGAUGAAGAAAUGGAUUUUGAUUUUGGUGACUUUAAGGUUCCUGAUCUAACUACUUCACUUGAUUUUGGACCUUCUCUUAUGGAUGAAGUUAUGAAGGCUCUUGAAGAUAAAAAAGAUGAAGAUAUUACACGUAGCUUGUCAACUUCAAAAGAUACUUCCCCUGUCGUUGAAGAGACAAAGGUAACGCCUGUUGAAACUACGGCUGAUGAAGAGGAAGAAAGCACAACGCUCUCGCCCAAAGAUACAAGUCCUCUUAUUCCUCCUCAUGUUCCUGAAACUCCCCCCCGGGAGCCUAAAUCUGAAGGAAAGAAGCAAGCAAAAGUCAAACCUAUGUCUGCUCAUGAUGAGAAAAUGAUUAACAAUGCCAUAGCUUUAGCAAACGAGUUUGCCAUGCAGUGCAAUAAAAUGAACAUGGACGAUGACCAACUGAGUCCAAAAUCUGAAACCAGUUCAGACUCUCCAAAGCUCAUCCAAAAAUUGAAGAUAUCUAUGAAGCGGAGUCCUAAACAGGAGCGCAAAAAGACAUUCACUGAAGAGAUUGCAAUGAAAGCCGACCUCGAUGAUGAUCUUCCACCAGAGUCUCAAGAAGCUUACAAUAUACUUGUAAUGAAAGGUGCAGGGAAAGAGAGCUCUCCCUCAUCUCCAGCUGUAGAAUCUCUCUCACAAGAACUAACUAUUAAUACUGAAUUAUCUCCAAACAAAGCAGAACCAGAAUCCAGCUCAUUUUCCUCUACUGCUACCCUUCCCACUGCUACAAUUACAAGAAAAGACUCAGACAUAAAGCCACUGAGCAAAUCCCGGGCAGCUAUGUCUAAAAUUGAGCCACCACCUAUACCGAAACCACGUCCAGAACACAGAGUAGAGCCUACCCCUCGCAUCGAGUCAAUUACAAAGCCAGAAGUAACCAAACCGGAAUUGCCUCCCAAACCAGAUAUUGUUCCACAAAUAGACCAACCAAAAGAAGCGCCGCCUCUUCCUGAAACUCCCCCUAGGACUGAUCAUUUGUCAAGAAGUGAACCGAAAUUCGACUACCCUAUUAAAACUGAAUCUUCCAUCAAGUCAGAGUCUCAAAGUAAACCAGAGAUUGCAGUUAAACCAGAGAUUUUGCCCAAAACAGACUUCCCGAAAAUGGAAAGCAAAAUUGAAUAUCCUCUGAAAUCUGAGCACCCUUCUCGUAUCCCCCACCCCAGCAAAAUUCCCCCUCCAACUAAGAUUGAGUAUUCUUUUAGAAAAGAGUCUCCACCUAGAUUAGAACGAUCCGAAUCUCAACAACGGUCGGAACCAUUACCCAGAAUGGAUGUCCCUCCACCACCACCCCCUACUGCUAUUCCUAAAGCAGAACCUGUUGUUGAGAGAGCACACAGUGUUGAUAGAGAGAACGGACAUCAUUCUUUGAGUCUUGACUCGUUUUCCUUUAGUAAAGAGUCUUCUCCAGCAUCCAGUUCUGAGAGAUCUGUUGAGGAUCGGGAUUUGGAGACAGAAUCAAGAGAUAAGCUAGGUGGAGGUUAUGAUAGGAGAUCUGAUAGCCACUCAGAAAGAUUUGGCAUUUCAUCACCUAAGAUGAGUUUCGAUGAAGAAUUCGCAGAACCUUCACCACGAGAAAUUAUGAGUAAGUUAGCUCGAGAGAGCCGAAUUCGGCGUUCAAUGGAUCACCAACGAGCUAUGUCCACUGAGAGUAUGGAUCACUCUCAUAUCCGGAAUUUAAGGGAACCACAAGGAAUUCCAACUAAAGUUGUUCCAACUGCAAAUGGUGAAGAUGAAGAAGUUGAUACAAACCCUUUACGAAUGCUGCGUGGCGGUGCCAUUCCUAUUCGAGGAGGGCGUGGACAAGGCAAACUCCUCUUCCACCGCAACAAGAUUAGCCCCUGGAAGAAGAACUCCGAGGAAAUAGAGGCUUUACGUAAAUUAUUUUGUAAUGAGGUUUCUGAGGUCGAUUGCCGGCAAGCCCUGGAAGAGACCAAAUGGAACAUACAGAGUGCCAUAAAGUAUAUCAAGUUAAAGCAGCUGAUAAGUACUGGCUUGGCUGAUGUGAAUCGCUGCAAAGAGGCUCUGUUGAAAUGCAACUGGGAUGUAGAGCAAGCUGCUGACCAUCUCCUUGUUCAUCCAAAAGACAGCCCAGAAUGUGUGGACGUCUAAACUCUCACACCUUCAAUAUAUUCUCAAAAUGUUAAAAACAAAACAAAUGCAACAAGAGAAAUCUCAUAAACACUAACUUAACGAAUCCUGUGACUUUGCUACACAAAUGAACAAAAACAAAAACAAAAAAACAUCUGACUUUUAUUUUAUUUUCUUUUUCUGCAGACAUUUUAUAUUGGAAUUUCUGCUUCCAUUCUUUGCACCCUUCUGUAAUAAUUUUUCCUUUUGAGGUUUUAUAUAUAUAUAUAUAUAUAUAUAUAUAUAUAUAUUUAUUUCACUUGCAACAGGUAUGUUUUGCAUUGCAGUUAAACCACCACAGUCCUUGUAGCUUCUCCCCCCCCUCUUCGAUAUUCUCUGGCUGCCUCAGCCAGAAGACAUCCUUGUAGAUUGUCCCCCUAAGCCUGUUGCCAUCAACAAUUCCAACUCCUUCAACUCAACUUGUAUAAUAGUGCAAAAACCCUGAAACUACCAAAUUUCAAAUAUCGCAAGUAAUGCUUUGUCUUUGUGAUUUUCUUUCUUUCUUUCUUUACAACAUUUUCAGAAAGUGUUACUCUGCAUGCAAGCAAAUAUCAAAGAAGUAGAGGAAUGGGUGGAAAGGAUUCGUCUGUGCGUGUGUGUGUGUGCGUGUGUGUGCGUGCGUGUGCGUGCGUGCGUGUGUGUGUGUGUGUGUGUGUGUGUGUGUGCUUCUGUGUGAGAGUCAAAACUUUUCACUGCACAAAUCUAGUAAUUUUAAAGAAUUACAGUGAAGAAGAAGCAAAAUAUCUUUGGUUAUUCUUUGUAAUAUAAUUGUGUGUGUGUAUACAUGCUUACAUAUGCAUGUGUUCAUAUAUAUACACACACACACACGUGUGUAUAUAAAUGUGUGUGUAUAUAUGUGUGUAUAUACAUACAUGAUUAUACACACACACUUAUAAAUUCAUAUAUAUAUAUAUAUAUAGACUGCUCCCUUUUAAAUUGAGUCAUUAAUGAUAUCCGCCAGCUUUUUUUCUGUUUAAAAAAAAAAGAUACAAACAUUUCUGUUUGGAUUUUCAAGGCAUGAAAUGUAGAAGAAUUGUGACUAAAACUGUAUGUCUCUGGCACCAUUCUGACACCCACCCGCUUCUACAUAUUGCGUGUGGGUGCAUUACAGAGCAUUAUGUGAGUUUGGUUCCUGUGAUGGUUUUUCCUUUGGUCGACUAUUAUGGUUAGAAUUGUCUUCAGUCAAUAUAUUCUGUCGACCUCAGCUCCUGAGCUUGUUCUCUGUUCUCUCAACUCUUUCCGUUCCUUAUUUCCAUCAAUAUUCUUUGAGUUCUCUAUGAAAUUGUUGUAAAUAUUUCUUCAUCUUUGAUUCUUCUGUCUUGGAACUUCCAAACUGUCUGCUGCCUAUUCUUGUCGUUUCUUUGGACACUCCACUGUCAUGUGUCAGUAUGACUAAUGGUUAACUGUUGUUAUGUUAUAUUUGUUCUUGGUUCGUUAAUCUUUUAUCAGUUGAAUGAUUAUGAGUUAACCCUACAUAACUCUUCAACAUUGUUAAUUAGUGUAAAUUAUCAAUUAAGUCCUGGCCUUGAUUACUUGACUCUCCCCUCACUCUCACAACCACCUGCCUGGCCCUGUGCCUAUGGCACUGGACUGGCAGAGUUGUUAGAGAUGAAAUGCUUUCUGCUAUUUAUCCUGGCAUUUCACAUUUAGAGUUCCAAUCUUGUUGAGGUCACCUUUGCUUUUCAUUCUUUAGGGGGCAAUAGAAUAAAUAUAUUGGUUGAGUACUAAGUGUCAGUAUGUCUCCUCUCCUUAGGUAACUGACUGUGGACCUAAUUUAGAGACCAAUAGGAUAAAAGUUGUUCAAUUGGUAGAAUCAGUGGAGCAUCAAACAUAAUACUUUGUGCCACUUCUUUCAGCUCUUCUGAGUUUGAAUUCUGCCCAAGAAAGCAAAGGUUUGAACAUAGUGUUGUGAAGAAAAAAAAAAUGUUUCAAAUGCUACAACAAUGCAUUUAUAACACAAACAAUGGCCUACAAUAAACUGUUGGAAUUUAACCAUCCAUAAUCUGAUAUGAUAUUUCGGAAUACAAAUUCACUGCUAGUGACUCCAUCAAUUCCUAGGGAUAUCUGAGGAAGGAAUUUGUAUUCCGAAAUAUCAUAUCAGACUAUGGAUGGUUAAAUUACAACAGUUUAUUGUAGGCCAUUGUUUGUGUUAUAAAUGCAUUGUUGUAGCAUUUGAAACAUUUUAUUCUUUACAAACAAUCCACAAUGCUUCAAGCAAACUACAAUACUCUUGCAGUGUUGUGAUUUUUGCUUUCCAGCAUUUUAGGUUUUAUAAAAUAUAGUAACUGCUGAGGAUGAUUGAAUGAACUCCUCCACAUUUCUUUGUGCUUAAAUUAAAGGCAGUAAUUAAAUAUGCUAAUAUAUAAUAAUUAAUGACAGUGCUGUAAUGCUAAUAUAUGAUAAUGACAGAGCUGGUGCUGUAAUGGGGCAGUCGGUUUUGAAUGAACGACUCGGUUAUAGUCUUUGUUGGAACUAUUUAAAAUGGUUAAUCGCACAAACAUUGCAACAUCCGCAGCCACUUGGAAUUUGGCAAUUCUCGUCUCCCCUUAUUUUAUGUCUAGUAAUAAUAAUAAUAAUAAUGAUAAUGAUAAUUUCUUUAUUUACAACUAUGGGUUUGCAAAAUAAAAAGCCAAAAAAACCAUUGGGGAUUGUACAGGACAAUACAGUGUGGGGUUACACAAAUAGAAGCGUGUAAUAAUGAUAAUCUUAAUAAUAAUGAUAAUCUUAAUAAUAAUGAUAAUGAUAAUCUUAAUAAUAAUGAUAAUGAUAAUCUUAAUAAUAGUGGUGGUAUUAGAUGUUAGUGUUUUUGUUGAUCUGUUAGUGAUGUUUGUGUUAUUUGUCGAUGCUCCUUGACCGUUCUCUCUACAGAAGGGUCCAAACCUUCUACAAACUCGGCUGCUGCUUCUUCUCUCCGUCUUCAUCGAUGAUGUUGUCUCAGUUGAUUCUGAGAGAAGAAAAGUAGAAUGGGCGCCAUUUUUGCAACUAAUUUGAAAAUAUAGGAUUAAUUCUUAGGACUCCAUUAAAAAGGGUUUCUUUUUAAGUCUUAAAAAAAUACCCAACUUAAUUUAUUAACAAAAAGGUUUUCAUUAUAUUUUUAUAAUUUCCCUGUCAUUUCUAGCUUUUUUUGAAGACCUUGAAACAAUUUAACAAAUCUUACUCUUGAGUUCUCUCCCUUCCAUUGGUGAAAGUUAAAAUCUUUCAUUAGUCACCUCUUCCAUAACAAGUUAAUUAACAGUGAGGGUUCCCUUAUUUUUUAAAUUUCAUUAUCCACUUAAUGAAAUUUUAUUUUGAGGACAAAAACUGUACAAUUGCGGCAAAGACAAUAACAUAAUUAGUCAUUGAACAAAAGUAAAGGUUUUGGAUGUGAAACCAAAAGUUAUUCUUCUGCUGGUUUUCAGAUCAUUUUAUUUAAUGAUAUUUCUCGAGUUUGAUUCCCAGGCCAGGCUUUGAAUUUAUGUCUUCAUAUAUAAUUUUUGUUAUUUUCAAAUGAAAAGCAACUCUAUAAACAUCAAUCUCCAAAUGAUAAAUAUUUACUUAGAGACUCAUUGACAUCAAAACUCAGUUGUGCUCCCACUUUACAACUGAAUUAUUUAUUUUGGUGAUGAAACCAUUUCAAGUCCAAUUGUUUUUUGUUUAUUCUGUUUCCAGGCAGUGGACUUGCAGAGUCUGUUGGGAAUCAGACUUAAUAUUUCAUCUGUCUCUCUUUAAUGUUAGGAGUUCCAAUUUCACUAGUUUGACUUUGAGGUUUCUGGACUUCAUAAGUUUCAGUCAUGUACUUGGGUUGAUGUUUUUUCUCUCGUCCAAAUUAGAAAGUUUGUGCCUCUGUUAGAAGUCAUUAUUAUUAUUAUUAUUAUUAUUAUUAUUAUUACAAUGGUGAGUUGGCAUAAAAAAUCGAGAGGGGUGUGUUCUUUUGCAACACAGCAUUUAGUUUCGUCCUUCUAACUGCUGUGUUCAAAUGCCACCCAAGUUAAUGUUGCUCUUCGCCACUCGGAGAUCAACAAAACAAACAUUAGUUAUGGGAUAAGGCCAAUGCAAGAUGUCAAUUAAUUUGUGUUGUUUCUAAUAAAUUCUUGUUCGUUAUGGCUGUUAAUUCCAUCUUAAUAAUGUUUUGUCUUCUUUGAGUGGAAUUAAUGAAAGAUUGCAGUCCUUAUUCACUGCCGAAACAGAAAAAAAGUAGUUUUUAUAUCAACACAUCUUAAUCAUUAAUAUGAUUAUUUUGUUUUUCCAAAACUAACGAUGGGUCCUUUUGUCGUGGAGCAGAAUUCCUGCUUUCAGUUUAGUCAUGGUUUGUUUAUGGCAAAUGGUAUUGAAUGUAUAAUUCAUAUUGGGUAUUUUAAUUAAUUAGUGAGGUAAAUUGAAACAUGUAUGCAUUAGUGGAUUCAUUCAUGCAUACACUUGCCUGUUAGCUAUAUAUAUAUACAUACAUAUAUGUAUAUAUAUGCAUAUAUAUAUAUAUACAUAUGUAUAUAGCUGCCUCUGUGUGAUGAUUUAACUUUAAAGUACAAUUACUUCUACAAUAUCUGAUCCGAUGAUGGAUUUGACGUCUUGAUCCAAAAGGUUGAAGAAAACAAACAAAAAGUUUAGAAACCAAACUGAGACAUCUUGGAGGAGAGCCUGAUAUUUUUUAUUCUGGAUUCAGUGAGGCAAAAAUGGACAGCUUUUUUUUUUUCCCCCUUUUUUUCUUUUGGUGGAACUGUCUGGAAAAUACUCUUAUUUAUUUUAUAAUAUUCUGUGUACAGUGUUUUGUUGUUCAACAAAUGCCAUCUCUUCUUUGAUCCACAUUAUAUCCUUCUUGCUUUGUCGUUUUUGAAAUCUGUUAUUUAGCAGCCAUGUUGGUCAUCUAUUUAACACUCAUGUUCCAGAGGUGGCCACCACCAUCCCAUCUCUCUUUUAUUUAUAUAUAAUUAUAUAUAUAUAUUUUUUUUUAAACAAUAAGUGACCAAACCUUUUUUGAUUGGACCAAAUAGUUUGAUGUGUUUCGAGAAGUCAGAAAUACCUUCAAUUAUACCAAAUCUAUAUUUGCCCUCCCCCCCCUCUCCUCAUUCUUUUUUUUUUUUCUUCUUUCAUAUAAUCGAUCCAGCAGAUGAUAUCUAUGCAUGUUCUGCUGGAGUCACAACAACAACAACAAACAAUCUAAAAGAAGACAUGAAAGGACAACAAGAAUUGCUGCUAGAUUUACCGUUCUCUGUAGAACCACCACCACCACCACCACCACCAUUACUACUAUUACAUUAUCCUAGCAGUGGAUGCAUGUCUACCCCCCUCCACAAAAAAAGAAAAAAAAAUCUAGCCUUUCAUAAUAAUUUCUUAUGAUAAAAAUGCUUUUUGUUUUCUUCCGAGAGAAGAGGAAAAAACCUCUGCAAGGAAAAAGACAUUUCAAAAGAAGAGAAUAAAACAGUUUAAACCAUAAAUGUUGAGUAAAAUUACAAAUGGGAAGGAAAAGGCUUAAAAAUAUGACAAAAACAACAACAAAAGACUUAAAAGACAAGCAGUUUUUUUCCAUAAAUAAAGAGAAAAUUGAUA